UGGAUUGCUUGUGUGGAUAUUAUGUUAUUCAAAAAAAUAUUUACAAGUUUAAUAAUUCUUGUACUAGCAGCAGAAGUAUGGUCGCACGUAGAAAUAGAAGCUGAAGAUUACUUCUUUCCUUUAGAGCCGGUAAUAAAUUUCUGCAAAAUGGCGGACCAAUGUCAACACGACUUCGUACCUAUAUGCGGCCAGGAUUCGCUGGGCAUCACGAGAAUGUUCAACGAUAAUUGUGACCUUUACGAAUAUAAUUGUGAUGAGAAAAAACAAUAUCGUCACGUAAAAAUGGAUGUCUGCAAAUAUGAGGCCGCUGCAGCGGAGAGGAUUAGCGAAUAAGUAUAUAAGAAUUAACUAAGAUUUUUU